AUGUCUGACUGGGAUACGGUCACGAUUCUUCGUAAGAAACCACCAAAAGCGUCUGCUUUGAAGACUGAACAAGCUGUAAAUGCGGCACGCCGUCAAGGUCUACCAGUUGAAACUCAACAAAAAUAUGGAGCUGGAACUAAUAAACAACACGUUACUACUAAAAACACGGCUAAACUCGACAGAGAGACUGAAGAAUUGCGCCACGAAAAAGUACCUCUUGACCUGGGAAAACUUAUAAUGCAAGGAAGGCAGUCUAAAGGAAUGAGUCAAAAAGAUUUGGCAACAAAGAUCUGCGAGAAACCUCAAAUUGUCAAUGAUUAUGAGGCCGGUCGAGGCAUUCCAAACAACAUUGUUCUUGGUAAAAUAGAAAGGGCAAUUGGAAUAAAACUUCGAGGAAAAGAACGUGGCCAGCCACUACAGCCUCCUGGAGGAAAGAAAUAA